CACUUUUUUCGCUCGACAAUACACCCCAGCACCCACCUUCUUCCUUCCUCAGUCGUCUUCUUUCUUUACACCGUCUGCUAAUAUAACCCCGGACAUUUUUCACACUCUCCUCAUUCAACUGCCAUCUAUACCCCUCCCUCUUCCUCUUCUCAUUCAGUCCUCAUUCAUUCAGCCAAGACGAUGUCUGCAUCACUCAAAGCACACUUCCUUGAAACUAGGGACUCUCUUGGUUACGGCUACAGCAACACCAUCGAUACCAUCCGCAAAGAACAAUACCCACAGCUGAAAGAUGCCAUCUACCUCGAUCAUGCUGGAGCCACACUGCCUGCUCAGCAUCUUUUGCAGAAAUUCACCGCCGACCUCACCUCCAAUCUCUAUGCCAAUCCCCACUCUAAAUCCCCUUCUUCGCAAGCGACCUCGGCCAGAGUCGAGUCCGCACGGCGAAAGGUCCUCGAGCACUUUAAGGCUUCGAUCCACGGCGAGUGGGAUGUUAUCUUUACCGCCAAUGCUACUGCGGGCAUCAAGCUGGUCGGGGAAGCUUUUCCGUGGACUCGGCGAUCAUCUGUAGUAACAGGCUCACACAACCCAUCAGCAGUAUCCAAGAUGACGAUCCUCAGGGAGGCACACACAAGUCUUGUCGGACUACGCGGUCUCGCUCACGAUGAAAGUGGGACAAUUGAUCUGGAAACAGUUACGCAGCACCAAUUAGAACAACAAUUGGCUCAGACAAAGAAACACCGGGAUAGCCAUGACUCUUCAACAUCGCACCACCCGUCACCGCCUUUGUCGCCCAACUCUUCAACAUCGAGUUUGGUCCACUCGCUAUCACUGGCGGAUUCAGGAACGGAUGACGAGCCUAUAUAUAACCUAUUCGCUUACCCGGCUCAAUGCAAUUUUGGAGGUCGUCGCUUCCCUCUAUCCUGGCCGGCUCAGAUCAAGAGCCGACUCGAUACCCCAACAAGCAAGAACAUUGUCCUUCUCGAUGCUGCAUCCUAUGUGAUGACCUCGGAACUCGAUCUCAGUGACCAUGCUGCCAGCCCGGACUUUGUCGUCGUUUCAUUUUACAAGAUGUUUGGAUUCCCAACGGGUCUCGGAGCUGUCAUUGUCAAGACCGAAUUGGCACCCAAGCUCAGGAAGAAGUACUUUGGCGGAGGCACUGUUUCAGCAAUCGCUUCGGACGAACCCUGGCAGGUCUAUCGGUCUUCAUUGCAUGGACGAUACGAAGAUGGAACAUUGAACUAUCUGGACAUUGUCGCUUUGGAUCUGGCAUUCGAGAGCAUUCGCGAGAUCUAUGGCAGUUACUCGAACAUCUCGCCUCAUGUUACGGCACUUCAUCGGUUACUGUACCGAACCAUGAAGGACUUGAAACACUACAAUGGCGCACCGCUCUGCGACAUUUACGUUGACAGCGAAGACCCGACUAAGACCGAGGAGAUUGAAAACAAGCUGAUCGGUAACCCUGAGACGUAUGGACCCAUCUUGAACUUUAAUCUGAGGCGGAGUAAUGGAAGCUGGAUUGGAUAUGGUGAUGUGGAGCGUUUGGCGAGCAUGAAGAAUAUCCACGUGCGCACUGGAGGCUUCUGUAACCCGGGAUCGAUGCAGCGCUGGUUGGGUCUUUCGGCAGACGAAGUCAAGAAGAAUUUGGAGGCUGGUCAUGUCUGUUGGGACGACACAGAUAUUCUCAAUGGCAAACCGACUGGUUCUAUCCGUAUUUCUCUCGGAGCCAUGUCCACAGUCGAUGAUGUCCUAGCUUUUAUCGCCUUCCUAGAGGAGUAUUUUAUCGAUAACUCGGAUCCCGAUGCCAUUGUGCAAAGCCUUGAUCUCAUUGGUGAAAAGGGUGAGAUUCCGGACAGCUCCUCAUCAGACCCUGUUCAGGUGGACUCUGUUAUCAUCUACCCUAUCAAGUCCUGUCGCGGUUACAAGAUCCCCCGUGGUCGGUCUUGGCCUCUCGCACCUCAUGGUCUGCUGUACGAUCGUGAAUGGAUGCUCGUAGACGAAGUCACCGGUGCUGCUUUGACCCAGAAGCGAUAUCCGCGCAUGUGCAUGAUCCGGGCCGAGAUCUUGUUAGACCAGAACCUGAUGAUUGUCGAGCACGACCAAGAGCCAGGAUCUGCAUUGAGCAGCGAACACGAUACCCAAAAGAAAGCCGAUAAUAGGCUGUACAUCUCGCUGGACGAGAUGCCUACGGAAGCCGCCAAGAGCUCCUCCAGGGUCUGCGGAGACUGCACAUCCGUGGUUCAUUACACUGCGCCCGAGAUCAAUGAAUGGUUCACGCGUUUCUUGGGCAAGCCCUGUCGACUGGCCCGCCAACCUGUCACCUCGCAGAACCCCUUGCUUUCGAACGGAUCGAUUGCAUCAGUCUCUAACGAAAGCAGCUCAGGGGCAGCUCCUGCUUCAUCGCGCUUUGUCAAGUCCCAUUUGAACGCACCCGCGGGUGCUCCGAUCCUGCUAUCGAACGAGAGUCCGUUCCUUCUGAUUGCUGACAAGUCUGUGGAACGCGUUCGCGACUGGGUUGAUGAGCAAGAUGAGGGCCAGGGUGCUGUUCGUAGACUGGCUAACUUAUCGGAGGAUUUGGACAAGAAGCUGAGACACGAGCUGACAUCCGAUAGCUUUAGGGCCAACUUUGUGACCAAGGGGCAAAAGAUCGGGUUCGAGGAGGACCAUUGGUCUAGAAUCCAGAUCGGAGACCAAGUGUUCGAUAUCCUGGGUCCGUGCAGGCGCUGCCAUAUGGUGACCAUUGACCAGAUGACGGCUAUGAAGAACUCGGAUGUGUUUUUGGCCCUUUCAAAGAACCGCAAGAGUCCAGGGGGUCAGAUCUUCUUCGGUAUGCAUAUGCUUCACCGCCCAGAUCUCUCUGCAGCACCAUAUGUUGUCAAGGUCGGGGAUAUGAUCCGAAUGCGCCGACAAGUUUCCAAUUAGUGGAUAAUCCUAUAAUCUUUUAAAUAAACGCGUGAAAAAUACUGUAC